AUGGGGGUGCCGUUUGACGUGGUGGCUGAGGCUUGCCGCCAGUGCGGAGCGCAGAAGCGCGCCCUGCAGUCCAUAGAGGUGCACAUCAAGCGCCAGCCGCACCAGAUGAACGCCUGCCUGCCGCUACUGCAGGACUUGUACGUCAGCCUGCUGGAGCCGGAUGGCGUGGCCGGGGUGUCAGCCGCCCGCCAGCAGCCGCCCACUGUGGCCGACCAGUUGGUGCUGUACCGCUCCCGGGGUCAGCUCCACCACGCUCUCUCCUGCUACGAGCACGUCUGCAACACGCCAGGAAGUGAGUUGACCGGAUACAAGGGCCUGGUCACGUGCUACCUGAACCUCGACCAACCAAACACGGCGCUCAGCCUGGCCCGGGACGUGAUUGGUCGAAACGGCGCCUGGGAGGAGGAGCUGGGCGAGCAGCUUGUGGAGGCCACGUGGAGGCUGGGCCGCUGGGAGGAUCUGGAGUCGGCCCUGGAGUCGGCGCCACUCGACUCCUGGGGUGCUGGAGUCGGCUGCACGCUCCUGCACGCGGACCGGCGGCAGGCUGCGGAGUUUGAGCGCAUGCUGAGCUUCUGUCGGGAACAAGAGAUGGCGCCACUGUGCGCUGCGGCGCUGGAAAAGGACAGUUACGCGAGAGAGUAUGACCACCUGGUCAGGCUGCACAUUCUCAGCGACAUGGAGCGUUCUCUGCCGGCGCUGCUCUGGACCGAGGGAGAGCCGGACCCGACAGAGGAGCUGGCCGUCUGGCAGAGCCGGCUGGAGACCGUGCAGUCGGCCGUCCGCACCCUGGAACCGGUGCUGACGGCUCGGCGGGCGGUGCUGACGCUGGCCAGGGACCGCCUCCGGGCCCGCGGCAGUCCGGCAGCGCAGGUGCUCGACCUUCAGAUUGGCCGCUGCUGGCUCCGCAGCGCUCGGGUCUCGCGCCAGGCGGGGCAGCUGCAGCGGGCGUCCAACUGCCUGCUGCAGCUGGAGCGACUGGAGCGCUGCCUGCCGGAGGCGUUCGUAGAGCGGGCGAGUCUACUGUGGCGUCGAGGGGAGGGCGACGGUGCGAUACGUGAGCUUCGCCAGGGCAUCGAGAGUCACUUCCCCGACUGGACGACCAAGAUCAAAGGCGGCGGCUUGGCCGAGUCGGAGCGUCAGAUUCUGGCGGAGGCCAAGCUGCUGCUGGCGCGCUACUGCGAGGAGUCGGCCAACAUGGACAGCAACGUCAUCAACCAGCACUUCGUCGAGACGACCGAGAUCCGCAAGGACUGGGAGGACGUCCACUUCUACACGGCCAAGUACCUGGACCGGCUGCUGGCGGCGCGACUGGCCGGCGAGCGGGACUCGAACCAGCUGGGCGCCCGGGUGGUGCACGCCCUCGGCAAGUCCUUGCAGUACGGCUGUCAACAUGUGUACGAGUCGAUGCCGCGACUUCUCAGCAUCUGGCUCGACUACGGCGCCCAGGAGAGCGGCAGCAAACAGCGACCCGCUGACGCCGCCCUGGUGGCCAAGAGCGUGGAGCUGAUGUGUCGCCGCGUGGGACAGCUCCUGGAAGCGCUGCCGCUCUACUGCUUCCUCACUUCGUUGCCCCAGAUCAUCUCCCGCAUCUGCCACGGCCGGCCGCAGGUGUACGCCCAGAUCCGCGACAUCCUGGCCGCGCUGCUCGCCACCUACCCCAAACAGUGCAUGUGGUACAUGCUGGCCGUGUCCCGCUCGUCCUACCCCAUGCGCGUGGAGCGGUGUCAGGACGUGUUCUCGCGAGCCAAAGCCAAGAAGCCCUCGCUGGGCCAGUUCAUCUCUGACGCCACCAAGCUGGCCGAUAAGCUGAUCGACCUGUCGAACAAGCCCGUCGAGAAAAAGACGAGCAAGGUCAGCCUGGCCUCGUUCUUCCCGAGCAUCCGCCGUCUGGUGUCGGCGGGAUUCUCUCAGAUUCUGGUGCCGCUACAGCAGCAGAUGACGGUGACUCUGCCAGAGACGGCGGCGCAGCACGGCUUCGGCUUCCGGCCGUUUCCGGAGGAGCAGGUGUGCAUCGCCAGCUUUGAGGACGAGCUGGAGGUGAUGCCCUCCCUGGUCAGGCCGAAGAAGAUCACCAUCCGCGGCACCGAUGGCAAGAAGUACACGAUGAUGGCCAAGCCCAAGGACGACCUGCGCAAGGACUCGCGUCUGAUGGAGUUCAACACGCUGGUGAACCGGCACCUGACACGGCACGGCGAGGCGCGCGAGCGGAGUCUGCGGAUCCGCACCUACACCGUCAUCCCGCUCAACGACGAGUGCGGACUGCUGCAGUGGGUGCCGAACCUGAGCGGUAUGCGCCAGGUGCUGCUGAGCCAGUACCGGCAGCGGGGCGGUAUGAUGACCAACGCCGAGCUGAAGCAGACUGCGGCGCAGCUGGACGACUCGCUGGAGAGGAAGCGGGCGAUCUUUACGGAGAAGUUGCUGCCGCGACACCCAGCCGUGCUGGGCGGCUGGCUCCGGGCCACCUUCCCUGACCCGCAAGCCUGGUACGCGGCCCGUCUCAACUACGCCCGGACGGCCGCUGUGAUGUCCAUGAUCGGCUACAUCCUGGGUCUGGGCGACCGCCACGGCGAGAACAUACUGCUGGACUCCUCCAGCGGCGACUGCGUCCACGUGGACUUCAACUGCCUCUUCAACAAGGGGGAGCUGUUUGACUGGCCGGAGCGGGUGCCGUUCCGCCUGACCCACAACAUGGUGGACGCUCUCGGACCGACGGGUGUCGAGGGGGUGUACCGGACGGCCUGCGAGGUCACCAUGUCCGUGAUGCGCCAGCAGCAGGACGCGCUGAUGUGCGUGCUGCGCCCGUUCGUGCACGACCCCCUGGUGGAGUGGAGCAAACAGGAGCGCAAGACCAGGGACGUCGGCGAGAUCGUCAACGAAAAGGCUCAAGCGCACGUGGGAGACAUCGAGCAGCGGCUGCGGGGGCAGGUGCGCUCGAAGCUGAAGCCGGUGCCGAUCCCGCUGUCGGUGGCGGGUCAGGUCAACUACCUGAUCGAGGAGGCCACCAGCGUCGACAACCUCUGUCAGAUGUACAUCGGCUGGGCGGCUCACUUCUGAACGCUCUCGCUCUCGGACCGGGCCCGCGCUCCCAGACGGGGCCCGCGCUCCCAGACCGGGCCCACGCUCCCAGACGGGGCCCGCGCUCCCAGACCGGGCCCACGCUCUCGGAGCGGGCCGCGCUCCCAGAC